GUCAGACCAAGUUCUUACACAAGCAAGCAACCAAAGAUUAUCUGUACUUCCUGUCUCUCUCUCUCUCCCUCUCUCCUUAUUUCUUGCAAAAAUCUAAAAGUAAAUCUCAACUUCACAGAACAACGAAGAAACACAAAGACAUGGUGUGUUAACAAUGGCUUAAUAAAGCAGUAAUCUUUCAUCUUCCCACCAUAAAGAGUAAAACGCCAUGGGUAAAAAGAGCGGCUCUUCUUCUUGGCUUACCGCCGUCAAGCGAGCUUUCCGAUCUCCGAGCAAGAAAGAGCAUAAUAACGAAGUCGAAGAAGAUGAGGAAAAGAAAAGAGAGAAGAGGCGGUGGUUAUUUAGAAAACCAGCGACUCAAGAAUCUUCGUUGAAGUCUUCCAGUAUCUCUCCACCGCCAGUGCCACCACCGCAAGAGUCAGAUAACGUAAACCCGGAGACAGCACCGAGUAACACAACCACAACACCGCCGUCUAACGCCGGAAAAUCUGCGUCCGCCGUCUCCUCUGUCGUCACGUCAGCAUCCAAGGCGGUCGCACCCAGACGGGCUUAUUACGCAAGAGAAAAUUACGCUGCUGUUGUUAUCCAAACUUCUUUCAGAGGAUAUUUGGCAAGAAGAGCAUUACGAGCACUAAAAGGGUUAGUGAAGCUGCAAGCGUUGGUGAGGGGUCAUAAUGUGAGAAAGCAAGCCAAAAUGACCUUAAGGUGUAUGCAAGCUCUGGUUCGAGUCCAGUCUCGUGUGCUUGACCAACGCAAACGCUUGUCUCAUGACGGUAGUCGUAAAUCCGCGUUCAGCGACUCGCACACUGGUUUUGACUCUCGUUAUCUUCAAGAUAUUUCAGAUCGACAAUCCAUGUCAAGAGAAGGAAGCAGCAUCGCAGAAGAUUGGGAUGACAGACCACACACGAUAGACGAAGUGAAAGCGAUGCUACAACGGAGACGGGACACAGCAUUGAGACAGGAGAAGACUAAUUUGUCUCAGGCCUUCUCUCAACAGAUGUGGAGAACGGUUGGUAACCAAUCCGCGGGAAGAGACAACGAGGCAGAACUCGAGGAGGAGGAAAGACCAAAAUGGCUAGACCGUUGGAUGGCUACUAGACCGUGGGAUAAACGAACUAGUAGUAGUAGAGCUUCUGUUGACCAAAGGAUUUCAGUUAAAACCGUUGAGAUCGACACUUCUCAGCCUUACUCAAGAGCAAGAACUGGAAGCCCGAGUCGUAGCCAAAGACCUAAUUCCCCAUCAAGAACUAGCCAAAGACCUAGUUCCCCAUCAAGAAGCAGCCACCAUUACCAAGCCCGCAAUAAUUUCUCAGCCACUCCAUCUCCGGCUAAGUCUAGACCAAUACAUAUUCGGUCAGCUAGUCCGCGGUGCCAGAGAGACCCGAGGGAAGACCCGGAAAGAGCAGCUUAUAGUUAUACAUCAAACACACCAAGCUUGAGAUCUAAUUAUAGUUUCACAGCUAGGAGUGGAUGUAGCAUUAGUACCACAAUGGUUAAUAAUGCAUCAUUGUUGCCUAACUACAUGGCAAGUACGGAGUCAGCUAAGGCCAGGAUCAGGUCUCAGAGCGCACCGAGGCAGCGACCAGCAACUCCAGAGAGGGACCGUGCGGGUUCGGUCAAGAAACGGCUCUCGUAUCCGAUCCCACCGCCACCAGAGUAUGAGGACAAUAACAGCUUAAGGAGCCCAAGCUUUAAGAGUGUGGCUGGUUCACAUUUCGGUGGGAUGUUAGACCAACAAUCUAAUUACUCUUCAUGUUGCACAGAGUCUAAUGGUGUUGAAGUCCCUCCAGCUUCUACUAGUGACUUUAGGAAUUGGCUUAGAUGAUCGUUGGUGAUGCUAAAUCAACGGUCAUGAUCUUUUCUCAUCCUCCAGGCAAAAAAAAACACUUUUAUUUUAUUAUUCAGAAAAAGAAAAAAGAACAUUUGUAAUUGUGUCGUUGAGGUUGAGUUUAGUCUUCGGAAGAAAAGUUUAUUAACC